GAAGCGGGAUGUGCUUGCUUACACAGAGCUGCGUUGAACAGGUGCUCAGUACUUUCAGCCCAGAGAGGAAUUCUGAGACGAGCUCCAGAGUAGGAACCACAAAGGGGCUACGCUGCUCUGAAACUGACCCAGGACAAUACGCCACUCUGGGGAUACACUUGUCCUGAGAGAGACUCUUGGAGAAUAAAGUUCUGGAACUGGGUUUACUUUGCUUGCCAUAAUGUGGACAUAGAGCUCUAGAAAGGACUGAAUAAUCUGCCCUUCUCCACAUGCUUUCUUGGAAGUUCCAGAACAGGAUGGACUAACAUUGAUUUAGAAGUCUGGAUGUGCUCCAGAGAGGGACUCAGCGUGACAGACAGCCAGGAGAGAGCUUCCAAUUUGGGCUACGAUUACCUGAGUGACACCUGGCACUCCUUAGAGCUCAGAGAGAAAUGCUUACUGUACUUUCCUCUCUUUUUCUGUGUGAUAGAGAGACAGUGAGGAAUCUACCUUUUGCUUCUAAUCUUAACAUCUCCGCUCAAGGAUACCGCUCAGGACUGACCUCCCUCUCCCUCCUCUCUCCUCUUCUCUUCCUCUCUUUUCCCCGUCUCCUCUGUCAGGUGGGAGAGUAAGCUAUCUCGUCUGGCUCAGAGGUUGAAUCAGAGACCGGGGGAUGCUUUGGUAAAGGACUUCAGACUGCUGUUUGACACGGGCACCUCACCACACACCUCUCACAGUCUGGGCAGGAACUAUUCUGUCAGCAUGACUCAACAGAUGCAGAACCUGCAGCUGUCUCAUACCAGGAAGUGCUCGGGAGGCCCUGCCUCCCCCAGCGCCGCCAAGCGCCUCUACAGGAACCUAUCAGAGAAGUUGAAAGGAGGCCACUCCUCCUUCGAGGACGCCUACUUCUUCGGCCGCGGAGAACGCCACGGUCAUCACAAGGGCUCGAACAUGCAGGGUAGUGAGUGUCUGUUUGAGGCGGUGGAGCAGCAGGAUGUAGAUUCCGUCCAGAUCCUUCUCUACCAAUACACUGCUGAGGAGCUGGACCUCAACACGCCCAACAGCCAAGGGUUAACACCACUAGAUGUGGCCGUCAUGACCAACAACACACCUAUAGCCAAACUACUGCUGAAGGCCGGCGGCAAGGAGAGCCCUCACUUUGUCAGUGUGGAGAGUCGCGAGGCCCACCUUAGCAGCCUGGUCAUCGAGGCAGAGAGGAGGGCAGGGGAACUGGCUGCUCAGGCCCAGAGAGACGGCCUUAGCCUGGAGGCCUGUGACAAGGACAAGCAGCUCCGAGCCUGGGAGUGGAGGUGCAAGCUCUACAAACGCAUGACGACUGGCUUCCAGCAUGCACGUGAGUGUGCUGGGAUCGUGUGUGUUUGUGGAGGGGGGAGGUGUGUAGUUUCUAUCAUCUUCAUACAACCCUCGUCAUAUACUGCUGCCAAGCAAUAUAAGGUGGAGUGGAGCUGUCUAAAGGACUUUUCCAUGCUGGCUGGAGACAUGGUGUUGGAAAACCUACAGACACUCAAGUGUACCAUCAACGACCUUACCAUGGGGAGGCUGUACUAUGUCCGAGUGUCAGCCUACAACAUGAAGGGUUGGGGUCCACCUCAGUCAACUCUACCCCCCUCUGCUUCACCCUCCAACUGUAGGGAGAGUGAUGGUCGGGAGCCCAGGAGAAGAGAGCACAUAGGGCAUAUGGAGCGCCUGCUGCAACAGGUCCGCGCUACUCACACACACUACAGCUGUGGAGACACAUCAAAGCUCCAGAACCCAAGCCGUAAGCAGUCCGUCUCCAGAAGUCUCAAGCACCUCUUUAACUCCUCCAACAAGUUUGUCAAGACUCUCAAAAGGGGGGUUUACCUGGCGGCAGUGUUCUACCACAAAGACAGUCUACUGGUGACCACAGAGGACCAGAUCCCUAUAGUGGAGGUGGAUGACUCUUACGGCAGCUCUCUCAUGCAGGACUUCCUAUGGUUCACUAAGUUGUCGUGUAUGUGGGAGGAUGUGCGGUGGCUGAGACAGAGUAUGUCUGUCUCCAUGUCCUCCUCCUCCACUCUACAGGCCAGACAGAAGAUGUUGGCUGCUGCUGGGCAACUACAGAGCUUGUUGGGGACACACAACCUGGGGCGUGUCCACUACGAGCCCAUCAAGGAUCGUCAUGGCAACGUAUUGCUAGUGACUAUCCGGGACAUGGAGAGCCAGUACUCGUUCUUCAGUGGGAAGUGGAUGCAGGUGUCCAAGCUACAAAGCCAGAGGAAGAGUCUGUCCACACCUGAAGAACCCUACGCACUGGACAUACUGCUAAUUACCAUACAGGAUAUCUCGGCCUAUCAGAGGCGUAGCCAGCAUCGCCUGACCCCAGGUCUGUACCUGGGCUACCUGAAGCUCAGCAGCUCUGUAGACCAGAUCAGAGUGCUGGUGCCACAAAGGAUGCCCAACAUGCUGUGCCAUGCGCGGGUACGAGACAACGCCAAUGUCUCCAGGGAGGAGUGGGACUGGCUGCAGAGGCUGUCAAACAUAGAGGAUGGAGAGAAGGAGAGAAUGGAGGGAGAGAGGGAGGGAGUGGAUCAAACGACAGACAGUAACACACCAUUGCUCUACUACGAGCUACAGACUGCCCUCAAGGCCCUGCUGAAACUCAUCAACCUACCUCUGCACCAGGCCAAACACUUCCGUAUCUACACUCACGAGGUGUUGGAGUUGGGUCAUAAUGUUUCCUUCCUGCUGCUGCUGCCGGCGGCUGACGAUGUGUGUACCGUUCCCGGACAGACCAACCCCUACACACCACACUCCGGCUUCCUCAACCUCCCUCUCCAAAUGUUUGAGCUGGCCCAUUUCAGUGCGUACAAGGAGAAGUGCAUGAGUCUGUACUGUCGCAUGUCGUCUGUCUUGGACCUGGAUGCACUUAUUACCCAGCAGUCCCUGCGAGAGGCCAUCACGGACACGGAGGUCGCCACGGCCAAACAGAGACACCAACAUAUACUAGACUAUACACAGCAGCUGGAUGAGAUGUGGCAGGAGCUGCGUUGGAUCACUGAUGCCCUGCAGUAUGCCCGCUACAAGCAUCCCAGUGGCGGUGUGCCCAUCACCAGCCUGGUCAAUGCCAGCAAGCCUGAGUCAGACCAGGGGGCACAGAAGAGUGACUCAGCAUCCUCUACCAUGGACUACCUACCCACACCAUCACCCUCACCUGAGCUACGACCCAGGAAGGCUGCUAGUGACUCCCAACUGGGGUCAGAUGAGGACGGUUGUUCAGAGGUGUUCCUGCCAACAGACAGCGACUAUGACUCCAGCGAGGCCUUGUCCCCCCGUGAGCUGGACCUGCUAUACUCUUCCCAACAGGACCUAUCCCAGCAGGCUGUGCACGCCCUGGGAGGCAGCGCUCCCGACGUACUGCAGAUACACGAACUAAGGUACAGAAUCUGCCAUCCCAAAGACCUCCCUCUCUCCCCCGCCUUCCCCCUCUCCCCAGGCCCACUCCUCUCCCCCGCCUUCCCCCUAUCCUCAGCCCCACCCUUCUCCCCUGCCCUCAUUCUCCCCAAGACCACCCUUUCUUGCACCAAAAUCCUGGAGGGUCUCUCCCUCUCCAAGACAACCCAGGACCAGCACUCCUCCACCCCCCUGCGGCCCCUAGCCAACCCCCCAACCAAGCGGAAGUUGCUGUCCAGAAGCCACGGGGCCGCUGGGCCCCAGCACUGGUUGAAGAGCUACAGCGACAGCCACACUGGGUCCCUGUCUGAGGGGGUCUAUACCAGGCAGAAGGACCCAGACCUGCCCCUGGAUCUCCCAUCCCCUCAGGGGGAGACAUACGUUAGUCAUGCUUCCUGUGUCCUGGAGGGCAGUGGGGUGGGGCAGAGGGAGCCCAGGCCCCAUGUCAGGAGGAUCUUUGUGGAACCGUGUAAGGAAACAUCGCUUGAGAACAGGGGCUGGGGAGAGGAGGAGAGAGGGAUGGAGGGACGGAGGGAGAGAGGGGCAGGGGUGAUGGUGGUUGUCACAGAGGAGGGGUCAGGAGAGGAGGCAUCUGAAGGAGCAACAGCCCAGGAUGUGGACUCAGACGACCAAACGAACACACAGGUGUCAGAGAUCCUCAGCAGCACGCUCUAGGGAUUGGAUGAUAAUCAGUAACACGCUCUAGGGAUUGGAUGAUAAUCAGUAACACGCUCUAGGAUUGGAUGAUAAUCAGUAACACACUCUAGGGAUUGGAUGAUAAUCAGUAACACGCUCUAGGGAUUGGAUGAUAAUCAGUAACACGCUCUAGGAUUGGAUGAUAAUCAGUAACACGCUCUAGGAUUGGAUGAUAAUCAGUAACACACUCUAGGGAUUGGAUGAUAAUCAGUAACACACUCUAGGAUUGGAUGAUAAUCAGUAACACACUCUAGGAUUGGAUGAUAAUCAGUAACACACUCUAGGAUUGGAUGAUAAUCAGUAACACACUCUAGGAUUGGAUGAUAAUCAGUAACACGCUCUAGGAUUGGAUGAUGGUUUGGCAUGGUGCUCCAGGGUCUGGAUGCACCAGUUGGGCAUAACAAAGGUAAUGCACGUUCAUGAGAUUUGAUGCUUCAAAAUGAUGGUUGCUAGGCAGCACCCGUUCGUAGGCUGUUCCCAUCCUCGUGGUGGUUUUAAACUUACCUUCACUUCGCAAAGCCCACCACUAUGCAUGUUUUCUUAACCAGAACAGGUUGGAUCCAUAAAGAAUCACUGUGGGAAUAGAUAUCACACAUUUAGCAUGUUAUAAUGUAACAUAAAUCAAGUGUAUUAUUUUGCUAUUGACUCACGCUUAGGCAACUCCAAAAGCCUGCGCAGGUUGUACAAUAUGAACACGAGACUCAUAUCCUUUUGAAAAUAUAGGUCGCUAUCAUGAUGAAGAGAGUCCCAAUUUAACCCAACGCCUGCUCCCUACUAGAUGUAGAGUCUAUGCCCAGUCAUAGCUCAUAGAAGGGCGUACGACCAGGUGGUGCAACAGGUAUCAUUUUGAGAGCCGGCGUACAGUGCGUUUUAUGUUGGGUGUAGAUUAACGAUCCACUUACAACCCGGUGCAACCGGCCCCAGGAUUGGACGAUGCUCAGGUAAAAAGUCUAGCAUUGGCCCAUGUUCAGUAACACACUCUAGCAUUUGACAGUGGUUCAGUAACGACCUCCAGGAUUGGACGACGGCUCAGCAACAUGUUCUUGGAGUGAACGAUACUGAGUAACAAGCUUUUGAACGAUUGGACAAUGGAUAAUUGAUGACAUUUGGAUGGGGCACUAUAAUUUUGGAACGUUGCAAACAAAACGUAUCCCUCCGCAGUGUAUCCAAACGGCCACCUUUCCCUGUCUGUUUCUGCCUCCGUGUGUGUUUGUGUGGGCCUCGUUCCUUCUGUCAUCACUUUCUCUCUGUCCUUCAUAUCCCUGUGGACAGGCAUGCUGAACUGACUCUGAGCUCGUGGACGUUUGUAGCUCACAGACGGGACAAUCCUUGCUCUCUCUGUACAAUGUACUAGAGACUCAAGUUGCUGGCCAACUGUCUGAACUGUAGAACUCAGAACCAAGCCAAGGCUCCAACUGUUAUGACCUAUAACCAAUGCAACAUGAACUAAAGCACUGCUUUACCUUUGCACUUGAAUCUGUGUUGAUGGCCGCAAGAUCUCGGAGUUGCUAUUUCAAUUGAUGGGUAUUCGUGGUACAUUUGUCGAUUUACAUAUUAGAUACAAGCCUUGUGUUUCUCUACACAGCAAAUUGGCCAGUGUUAACUAGUGUUGCUUUUUCAGUGUAGCGUUUCCAGUGUUGAUUCAGUAGUUAAAUAUAGCACUGUAAAUAUUUAAAGAACCACAGUGUUGGUGUUAAAUAACCAGAGUUGAACCAAAACCUCUGCCAUCAUUAUCAUAUUUCCCAGCAUGCUCUAUUGCAGGUUGAAUUUUAGAAUUGUUUGUUUAAAUAUCUAUGUUUUUUUGCAUGCACAUUGAUUAAUUGAUGUUAUUCUACUUAAAGGGCUCAGUGCAGUCCAGUAUUUUAUUUAUAUUUCCACUCUAUGAGGCUGGAAUAAUACUGUGAAAUUGUGAAAAUUAUGAAAAUGCCCUUUUAGUGUAAGAGCUGUUUGAAAAGACGCCUGUAAUUUCAGCCUGUUUUAGUGGAAUGGGGCUGUAAAUGAACUAAUAGACCAAUAAGAGAGUUCCAAACCUCUCUGCCAUUGAGUUAAUAGACCAAUAAGAGAGUUCCAAAUCUCUCUG